AUGGAGGUCCACCAGUCCCUGCUGCUCUUGCUAGCUCUGGAGACGCUGUGGGCAGGUAACACAUUUGAGACCCACAUCAUUGGGGGUCAAGAGGCAGCUCCACACUCUCGCCCAUACAUGGCCUCUCUACAGAAAUCGGGGUCCCAUGUGUGUGGAGGAGUCCUCGUGCAUCUAAAGUGGGUGUUGACGGCUGCCCACUGCCUGUCCGAACCGGUACAGCAGCUGAAGCUGGUGCUAGGCCUGCACCACCUCCAUGACUUGCGAGAUCCGGGCCUCACCUUCCACAUCAAGGCAGCCAUCAAGCAUCCUGGCUACAACGACAACUAUGAAAAUGACCUGGCGCUGUUAAAGCUGGAUGGACGGUUGCAGCCCAGCAGGAAUGUCCAGCCGCUGGCUCUGCCCAGAAAGAACCAAGCCAGGCCGGCAGAAGGUGCUCAGUGCAGCACCGCUGGCUGGGGAAGGACCCACCAAGGUGGGCCCCUAGCCCGCGCCCUGCAGGAGUUGAAGCUGCAUGUCCUGGACACCCGCAUGUGUAACAACAGCCGCUUCUGGAACGGUGCCCUCGAGGAGGGCAUGCUGUGCUUGGCGGCGGCAGCCAGGAACCAGGCGCCCUGCAAGGGCGACUCCGGAGGACCCCUGGUGUGUGGCAGAGGCCAGGUGGAUGGGAUCCUGUCUUUCUGCUCCAAAAGCUGCACAGACAUCUUCAAGCCCCCUGUGGCCACUGCUGUAGCCCCCUACAUCCCCUGGAUCAGGAAGGUCAUCCGUCGUUGGCCUGAUGACCAGGACACGCUCGCUGACCAGGGGUCCAUCCAGACUGUGGCAGUUGGGGGCUGA